AUGGCAACCACUCAAGAUAAUACUGGUUGCACUGUUGCAGAAUUGAAUAACAUUCUACAUCCGCCGUCAACCGGAUAUUUCCAGUUACCAACGGAAGACCAUAAUGAAGUAUGGCCACGACUUUAUAUUGGUAAUGGUUCUUUUGCCUUGGAUAGACCUAGUUUACAAUCAGUUGGUAUAACACAUGUAUUAAAUGUUGCACAGGGAGAAUCUCUGGGUAAAGUGAACACUGAUGCACAAUUCUAUAAGAGUGUUGGAAUAAAGUUCAAGGGGAUAAAAGCAGAUGAUGUCAGUACUUUUAAUCUUAGUCGGUUCUGGGAAGAAACUGGUAAAUUUAUUCACAAAGCACUGAAUGAUAACGGAAAGGUACUGGUCCACUGUUACAUGGGAUUCAGCCGAGCAGCUAGUACAACUAUAGCAUACCUAAUGUUGUAUCAUAACAUGUCGGCACAAGAAGCAACACGGACAGUAAAACAGAAACGAAAUAUUGGUCCAAAUGAAGGAUUUUUGCAACAACUUUGUGAAUUAGAUAAGAAAUUGAUGGGGAAACGAAAGCAUAAAAUGUGAAAAAAUACAACAGUACAUAAGC